AUGCUGCGCCCAAUUAAUGAGUCAUUGAAUUCGCUUUACGCGAAACAAAGACAGAAGCAGCAGGCGCAAGAGCAGCAGCAGCAGCAGCAGCAGCAGCAGUCGCAGCAAGAACCGGGAAUUAAGGGGUCCCUGCAGGCCGCGCAGCAGCAACUGCAGCAGCAGGUGCAGCGACAAAUAAAACUCAAGGCGCAGCAGCAGCAGCAGCAAGCCAGUGCCGCUGCUGCUGCACCCGAAGCCCCAGCGGCGGCGGCAGCGGAAGCGCCGCAAGAUAUAGCAGCAGCAGCAGCAGCAGCAGCGCCAGAAGCAGCAGCAAAACCAGCAGCAGCAGCAGAAGAGUCCGAUGGAGACAGCAGGAAGGCGCAGCAGCGUCGGCGGGCGGCCCGACGCUCAGCAGCAGCAGCAGCGCUGGCAGCAGCAGCAGCAGCUGCUGCUGCAGCGCGGGUAGAAGCCAACGGCCGUGCUGCUGCAGCGCCAGAGCCAGCAGCAGCAGCAGCGGCAAUUGCUCCCAGCAAGCUGCCUGAAGUGUCUCUGGAGACACUUGUGGGAAUUCCCGCAGCUUUAAGAGACAAAAUUACAAAACACAUUUUGCUGCCUUUUCUCACCAACCACCUUCUAGAGGGGCAGCAGCAGCAGCAGCAGCAGCAGCAGUUAGACAUCGACGCAGAGCCUUCCGAAAAUGACGCAGUCAGCAGCAGCAGCAGCAGCAGCAGCAGCAGCAGCAGCAAGCUUGUUUGUUCGCGCGGGGUGCUGCUGUGGGGCCCGACUGGAGUUGGGAAGUCUCAUGUUGCUGCUGCUGUGGUCCGCACGCUCAACGACGCGCUGCUGCUGCAGAAGCAGCAGCAACAGCAGCAGCAGCAGCAGCAGGAUGCGGUACAGCGCAGCAGCAGCGGCAACGGCAGCAGCAGCGGUGACGGCGGUGCGAACAACAGCAGCAGCAACGAUGACUCCCCUGAAGAUGACAGCAGCAGCAGCAGCAGCAGCAGCAAAGAGG